GCCAGUCGGGGGGGCGGUGACAUAUUUUACCCGUCAUCGUCCUACAUAAUUUUGUAAAUUUGAUAAAACACGAAAAUAAGUGUUUAGAAGUGUAUAAAAUCAGUUUAUGUCCGGACUGAACGUGAGGAUGGCGGGUCAAACUAUAAACGACAGGCUCCUUGCCGCUCGCCACAGUAUCGCGGGGCAGGGUUUAGCAAAAUCUGUAUGUAAAGCCACAACUGAAGAAAUGAUUGCACCAAAAAAGAAACAUUUAGAUUACUUAGUCCACUGCACAAACGAACCGAACGUGUCAAUACCGCAGCUCGCCAACCUGCUCGUGGAGCGUACACAGAACACCAAUUGGGUGGUGGUUUAUAAAGCCUUGAUCACGGUUCAUCAUCUACUAGCAUAUGGAAAUGAGAGGUUCACACAAUACUUAGCGUCGAGUAAUUCAACGUUUCAACUAAGUAAUUUCCUAGAUAAAAGUGGAGUGCAAGGCGCGGCCGGGGCCCGGAUCGGCUAUGAUAUGUCGCCGUUUAUCCGGCGAUACGCCAAAUACCUGAACGAGAAGGCACUCUCCUAUAGAACGGUUGCCUUCGACUUCUGCAAGGUGAAAAGGGGUAAGGAGGAAGGUUCCCUGCGCAUGAUGAACGCGGAGAAGUUACUCAAGACUCUGCCAGUGCUGCAGGCCCAGCUCGACGGGCUACUCGAGUUCGACUGCACCGCCAACGAUCUCACAAACGGUGUCAUCAACAUGUGUUUCAUGCUGCUGUUUAGAGAUCUCAUCAGAUUGUUCGCUUGCUACAAUGACGGCAUUAUCAAUCUUCUGGAGAAGUACUUUGACAUGAACAAAAAGAACUGUCGGGAUGCUCUCGACCUCUAUAAGAAAUUCCUUAUCAGGAUGGAUAGAGUUGGAGAGUUUUUGAAGGUAGCAGAAAACGUCGGUAUCGACAAGGGUGAUAUACCAGAUCUUACCAAAGCGCCCAGCAGUCUGCUCGAUGCUCUGGAGGGUCAUCUCGCGACGUUGGAAGGCAAGAAAGGUUCCGCGGCUAACACGCCCACACAGACUGCUAGCGCGCAGAAGAACGUGGCGAGCGUGAUGGGCGCGCUGUCGUCCACGUCCACGUCGUUCGGCCACGCCGCCGAGCAGACGCACAACGGCGGCCUGUUCAUCGACGACUCGCUGCGGCGCCAGGCGCUCGCCGAGGAGGAGGCCGCCAUGAACCAGUACAAGGUACAAUUAUACCAGGGCGUAGAAUUGACCGGUGAGGAGGACGUAACUCAGAUAUCGGAGCAAUUUAACAAGGUGCAGUCGCCGGGCGGCGCGGCCAGCAACCCGUUCGCGAGCGCGGCGGGCGCGGCGGGCGCGGCGGGCGCGGGGGGCGCGGCCGACCUGUUCGGGCCGGCGCCCGCCGACGCGCCCGCCAAGGCGUCCGACGACCUGCUGGCGCUCGGCAACCCCUUCGCCGACAUGUUCGCGGCGGCGCCGCAGCCCGCCGCGCCCGCGUGGCAGAGCAACGGGUUCGCCGCCUUCCCGGCCGCCGCGCAGAACACCACGUUCGUGUCCGAGGCUAGCUUCACUAACGUUUUCAGUAACACCGACUCCGCAGCCGCCGCGAACCCGUUCAUGGGCAUGGGGGAUCCUACGCAACCGAUGACGGCCUCCCCCGCCCGUCCCCCUCCCCCCAAUCCGCAACCCAAAUCCGCGUUCGAUGACCUCGAAGACGUCAUGCGGAUGUCCCUCGGAGGAUCUCCGGCGAAACAGAACCAAUCGCAACCGAUUACGCAGCAGCCUCAGCCGAUGGGAGCGCAGCCUUUCGGUGACGUCAUGUCGAUGUCGAUGCCGAUGUCGUCCCAGCCGAUGAUGUUCGGGUCGCCUGCGCGGCAACCGAUGAUGCCAAUGGCAGCUAUGGGACAGCAACAGCCGCAGCAACAACCGGGCAAAGUGCUCACCGGUGACCUCGAUUCGUCCCUCGCCCAGCUCGCUAACAACCUCACUAUCAACAAAACAGCCACCGCUCAGAAACCGAUGCAGUGGAGUUCCCCCAAGAACGCGUCGAAACCGGGCGCCGCCUGGAGCCCGCAGCCGAUACAGGCCACCACGGGCGCCGGCUACCGACCCAUGGGUCCCGGCAUGACUCUGCCACCAAUGCCCCAUACAUUACCCCAUACGUAUCACCCCCCGCAUUUUGUUCUGGACGUAUCCUCGCCUCAGCAACAACCGGCCAUGGUAAUGGGAAUGAACUCGUCCCCCAUGAUGCCGAUGGGAGCCAUGCCCCCCAUGCGGCCGGCCCUCCCCCCGCAGCCCGCCAACCAGUUCAGUUAAACGUCACGUGUCGUAUAAGAGUUUGAGUUCUUAUAGCCUUCGAGAUUGAGUUGAUAAUCGUAUAUAAAAUAUUUUGCUUAUUGGAAUUCAACGAAAACUCUCCAUUAUAUUAAACUUUUCUAUCAAAGUCUUCUGAUAAAUAUUGGCACAAAAUUAAAUUCGCAACGCUAUUUAUAAUGCGGCUUUUUUAUAGAUUAUGCUCAAAACAUAUUUAAUAAUAUUUUAUCGUUUCAAUCAAUACAAUCUCGACCGGCCUUCCGCUCGGAACCUCGCCCUGCAGCAACGUCGGCGCGGCUCCGUGAGGUUAUGUUUACUUAAUGUAGUCACAGAUUAUAAUUGUCACAGAUAACAAAUGUGUGUGACGUAGUGUUUCAGCGAUGUACAUACAUAACAUGCUUAGUUUCGGUUUACUAGAAGGGUUCUGAACGGUAAUCGUAUCGUAGCUGACUUGUGAACCAGGUAGGUAGUUCUUACAUAUAUUUUUUUUUUUACCUAGAUUAUGUCGAAUUUCAUAAUUAUGAGGUGUUCACAUAAAAUAUACAAUAUUUCAUCAAUUCAUUUUUUUUUAACGAAUUGAAUCAUAGCGUUUCUUUGAAAAGAAACAGAUAAUAAAUGAAAUUAAUAAAUUGAUUUAAGUUCUGCUUUGAAUUUAAGUUAUCUAUAAUUAUAUAUUAUAUAUAUUCUGUCCUUCUUCUUAAACUUUUAAUUUAAUAGGAAAUUUUACAAUUAUAGUCAUCUCGCUUCUGUAAUUAAUUAUUUUAAAUAAAAUUAAAUUCUUAUGAAACGGUGCGUAGCUAUAUGUUUUAUUUACCAAAAAAAAAAAAAAAACAACUAAACAUCACAUUCCAAGUACGUACAAAAUUGUAUCAUUAUCUACAGUUUAACAUAUAAUAUAGUUUUCAUUCCUACCUUUUGACAUAGUCAGCAUUUAUGAUUUCGUAAUGAGAUAUGGUACAGCCAUUUAUAUAUUAAAUUCGAUAGGUCUGUUUGAAAUAAUUAAAAACUUAUCUCACUUAGGACGUCGAAAUUUGAAAUGUUAUUCCCUUUAUAUCUAACUUAAAUCACGUUAAAGAAAAAAAAGCUAAUUACAAAGGUUGCUACACAUAAAACUCAUAAAAAAUUACUUAUAUAUUAAAUAAGUGAUAUCGCAGAUUACGAUAUAUUUUUUUAUCUGUGGCAACCUUUAAAUGUAACGUAUUAACUUAUGUAUAGUUACUGUAUUAGAUUGUUAUAAAAUUAGAUAUUACGGGUGUACAUUUUACAAUAUGGCUGUCGAUCAUGUGCUAGGUGCUUACUGUGUUGCCAGGUUUUUAUUUGCUAUUAUGUAUCUUCAUAAAAUCGCUCUUAUAUAUAAUAAAUAUGUCUAUUGUAAACAGUUGCGUAAUAAUACAUUGUUUGUUAACACCACUAAAGCAUAAAUCGAUUAUUGUAUUUUCUUAAAAAUUGCAAAGAGAAAUUUGAAAAUAUAUAAACUAUAAUAAAUUAUAAAAAGUCAGUCAUAUAUUAUUGGUGUGAUAUUUAUUGUUUUCAUAAGACUGUCAUAUAUUUCGAAGUAUUAAUCCCUUAUUAUUUUUGUCUUAUGAGUGCUUUCAAUCGUAACUAGUUUAUUACAAUGUUGCCAUUUAAAUUUUAUUAUUUACCUCUAAUAUAGUUGUUGUAAAAAUGGUAGUAAUGUGAUUUUUAAAUGGCAAAUUAAUGUUACUGCUUAAUGAAAUUGUUGUUUAAGAUACAUAUUUACUGAUCAUGUAAUACGUGUAGCUGUUUAUUAAAAUAUUCAAUAUAUUAGGUAUAGAAUUUAAUGAUUACGUUCAAAACUCAGUACGAGACACAGUAGUUUGUGUAAAUAUGUAACCUUUUUACAUAGUAGAUGUUUAUUUUGCUGCCUUUACUAGACAUUUAACAACAAAAUAUAUAUCUUAAGAAAAUUGUAUUUUUACGGUGUCGGCUCAAAUGUCUAAUAAAUGUAUCAAAGUACUUUGUUCCCUAUAGCUUACUUAUGAAUAUUAUUAGUAUUCGGUUUAGAUUAAAAAUUAAUGAUAUAUAAUAUCAUUUGCAAUUGAAUGUAUGAAAGCAGAUUUCGGUAGUAUUAUUGUGCAAUAUUUUAUUAAAAUUGUGUAUCCGCUGUUAUGAAAAAAAAAUAUCAGGUUUUAAUAAAGACUUGCCGUAUGAAUCGUUUUAUAAUUACAGCUCAGCCAUAAUGAUUAAUUUAUACUGUGAUUUAUAGUGGAUUCGACUGAUAUGUUUUAGACGGAAUUCGCUGUAUAGUUGUAUAGGGAAUUUCUAUUUUGAAUACUCGCGUAGAUAAAGUAUGGGACGGGGUAUGACGCCUCUAUUCUCCUCUUGCUCGCACACUAUCGCUAUCUCUAUUCACACCGGCGGCGUGAGCAGGCGGCGGCACCGCGAGGCGGCUCAGCCCAGUCUUUAUUUGCACGGGUAGUAUAUUAUUUUAAGAGCGAAAUAUUCUUCUUUUUUUAUUUUAUUUUACUCAUGGAAAUUGUUAAGUUGUACAUUUUAUUCAAUCAUUUAUCUUUUAUGUAAAUAUCCUUUGCUGUUAUACGCUAGCUGUCGUGCCUUUAGAUAUCCAAUUUAGUUUAUUUAUAAAAUAAAUAAAAUGAUUUAAGUCUUCA